AUGCAAGCCUCGAAACGAAGCGUUGUAACUGCUGGUGCCAUCGCAGGUCUGGUUUCACGGUUUGUAAUAGCACCUCUCGACGUCGUCAAGAUCCGCCUCCAGCUCCAGAUUCACAGCCCUGCCGCGAAUUUUACUCACAAUGGGCCAUUAUAUCAUGGUAUCUUUCCGACAAUGCGGACAAUUGUCGCACAAGAAGGGAUCACUGGACUAUGGAAGGGAAAUAUCCCAGCAGAGGCUCUAUAUCUCGCAUAUGGCGCUUCUCAAUUUCUUACAUACCAGCAAACACAUCUCAUGAUCACGAAGUCAGGUUGGGAGGUUCCUGAGAGCGUAAAAUCAUUUAUCGCCGGAGCUACCGCAGGAGGGCUUGCAACAACGGCUACAUAUCCUCUAGACCUUCUCCGAACCAGAUUCGCCGCACAAGGUCAAGAAAAGGUCUACCAAUCUAUAAAACACUCGGUUCGACAUAUUAUCGAAAACGAAGGUGCUUAUGGCUUCUUCCGUGGCCUUGGGGCCGGCGUAAUUCAGAUUGUACCUCACAUGGGCCUAUUUUUCAUGAACUACGAAUUUGCCCGUCAGUACCUCUCUACUGUACAACAACUCCCGAGUGGAUGGUCAGAUGCUAUAGCUGGCUCCUUUGCUGCCACCGUUGCCAAAACAGGUGUAUUUCCUCUUGACUUGAUCCGGAAAAGACUACAAGUCCAAGGUCCUACCAGGCAGAAAUACGUCCAUAGAAACAUACCAAUCUAUGCAGGCAUCUUUGGUACCGCUAGAGACAUCUUAAGUACGGAAGGACUCAGAGGACUAUAUAAAGGGCUCUUUGUAAGCUUGGUGAAAGCAGCACCGUUGAGCGCAGUCACGAUGUGGACAUUUGAGAGGAGUCUAAAGGGUUUGACAUGGUUAGAGGAGAAGAAGAUUGUGCUGUAA